AUGUCGGCCCACCACUUGAACCUCGACAAAACAGAGCUGCUCUUCCUCUCUCCCGGGGAAGGUCUGCUCACUCCAAGACCCCCUGAAAUGUUUGAACACUCUAAAGAAGACGUGCCGUCGCUGCCACCCCCUGCCUCCGCCUGCGCCCUUCUCACUCCUACGUCCCUCGCCGCCAGCGCUCCAGCCCCCGUUCCCAGUGGAUCGGCGGGUGGUCAGUCGGCAGACGGCCCAGAGAACCCUCAUGGAUCAGGGGCAGGGGACUGGGUUAUGGCGGCGGAGUUUGUACCAGGCCAGCCAUACUAUUGUGGAAGGGACCCGGUGAAGUCUGAAGGCUCGGGGAUGAGUCCUCUGAUGGAGCGAGAGAAAGACCCGGCGGGAGACGAUAAGGAGUUGAGGAAGACUCUGUGUCCCUACGCCGCCAUGGGGGAGUGUCGCUACGGACUAAACUGUGCCUAUCUCCACGGCGACGUGUGUGACAUGUGCGGUCUGCAGGUGCUCCAUCCCUUCAACGACGCACAGCGAUCAGAACACACCAAGGCUUGCAUCGAGGCCCAUGAGAAGGACAUGGAGCUGUCGUUUGCCAUCCAGCGCAGUAAGGACAUGCAGUGUGGCGUGUGUAUGGAGGUGGUGUUUGACAAGGCCAACCCAGUGAGAGACGUUUUCAUCCUGUCCAACUGCUGCCACUGCUACUGCCUCAAGUGCAUCCGCAAGUGGAGGAGCGCCAAGACGUUCGAGAGCAAGAUCAUCAAGUAA